UGCAGCCUGUGCGUGAGUGCGUGAGUUUCACUUUUUCGAGGAAAAUUAAUUGGUUAUUGGAGCUGAUUAUUGCUAGUCAAACAGACUGUGUGUGUGUGAGAGUUUCACUUCUCGAGGAAAAUUGCUACUAAUUGGAGCCUGAGAUAGAUAGAUAGAUAGAUAGAUAGAUAGAGAUAGGACUUAGAGUGAGUGGAGGAGAUGCACACCGUAAGGUUCCCUCCCGCGUUGAGAGAGUAUUAAUUAGUUAAACUAAAAAGAAUUAAGGUUGGAGAUUUGAUGAUAGGAGGAGAGAGACAAAUACUUCACUAGAGAUAAGAUGAUGGGUUUCGUUUAAGAGCUCCUCCAGUCCAACCUGAUUCGCUCAAUUUUGAUCUUUUGCCCGCGAUGUUGCCGACGGCCGAAUCUGGAGUCUCGCCCCGUCGGAAUCCUUCUCAACUGUCGUGGAUUAAUCUCUCGAGCUCGAGGAACUUGAUUUUGGCCUACCAGAGUUUUGGUGUAGUCUACGGUGACCUCAGUACAUCUCCUCUUUAUGUCUUUCGUAGCACAUUUAUUGGAAAGUUGCAUAAGCAUCAGAACGAGGAAACCGUAUUUGGUGCUUUCUCUUUGAUUUUCUGGACCCUCACCCUGAUUCCUCUUCUCAAGUACCUUCUUCUUUUACUGAGUGCCGAUGAUAAUGGAGAAGGCGGAACGUUUGCUCUCUAUUCGCUGCUUUGUAGGCAUGCAAAGCUUAGCUUACUUCCUAACCAGCAAGCUGCUGAUGAAGAGCUCCCAGCUUACAAGUUUGGUCCGUCCACGGGUACUGGAGCUUCAUCCCGCUUUAGAAGAUUUCUUGAAAAGCACAAAAGCCAUAGGACCGCUUUGCUGGUCCUUGUACUUUUUGGAGCUGCUAUAGUCAUAGGAGACGGGGUUCUGACUCCAGCUAUAUCAGUUAUGUCGUCCAUGUCAGGCUUGCAAGCUACCGAGAAGAAAUUGACUGAUGGCGAACUUCUGGUGAUCGCCUCUGUCGUAUUGGUUGGACUGUUUGCUUUACAACACUGUGGUACUCACAGGGUGGCCUUCAUGUUUGCACCAAUUGUGAUAAUCUGGCUUAUUUCAAUACUCUUCAUCGGUUUAUACAACAUCAUACACUGGAAUCCAAAGAUAAUACAUGCAAUUUCCCCGCUUUAUAUCAUCAAAUUCUUCAGAGUGACUGGUCAAGAUGGAUGGAUUUCUCUUGGAGGGGUUCUUCUUUCUGUGACAGGUACUGAAGCUAUGUUUGCAAAUCUUGGCCAUUUCACCUCGCUCUCAAUCCGACUUGCUUUCGCUGUUGUCGUGUACCCCUGCCUGGUGGUACAAUACAUGGGCCAAGCAGCUUUCUUGUCAAAGAACCUCGGGUCUAUUCCUAACAGCUUUUACGGUUCAAUCCCAGAUACUGUUUUCUGGCCUGUCUUUGUCAUUGCCACGCUUGCAGCCAUUGUUGGCAGUCAGGCUGUGAUAACCGCUACGUUCUCAAUAAUCAAACAAUGUCAUGCCCUUGGGUGCUUCCCACGCAUCAAAGUAGUCCACACUUCGAAACAUAUAUAUGGACAGAUCUAUAUCCCGGAGAUCAACUGGAUCCUAAUGAUCCUUACUCUUGCAAUAGCUAUAGGCUUUCGAGACACAACUUUGAUUGGAAAUGCCUACGGACUCGCAUGCAUAAUAGUAAUGUUCGUCACGACGUUUUUCAUGGCUCUUGUCAUAGUUGUGGUUUGGGAGAAGAGUAUUUUUCUAGCGGCUUUGUUUCUUGGAACUGUAUGGAUAAUUGAAGGUGUGUACCUCUCAGCAGCGCUCAUGAAAGUUCCCCAGGGUGGUUGGGUGCCUUUGGUGCUUGCGUUCAUACUCAUGAUUGCCAUGUAUGUGUGGCACUAUGGGACCCGCAGGAAAUACAGCUUUGAUCUUCAUAACAAAGUUUCGUUGAAGUGGUUGCUGGGAUUAGGACCUAGUCUUGGUAUUGUACGUGUGCCUGGAAUAGGACUCGUAUACUCAGAACUUGCAACUGGGGUUCCUGCAAUUUUCUCUCACUUUGUCACCAAUCUCCCGGCAUUCCAUAAAGUCGUGGUGUUUGUUUGUGUGAAAUCAGUUCCAGUGCCUCAUGUGUCCCCUGAGGAACGUUAUCUCAUUGGGCGUGUUUGCCCCAAGCCUUAUCGUAUGUACAGGUGCGUAGUGAGGUACGGGUACAAUGACAUUCAACGGGAAGACGGGGACUUUGAGAAUCAGCUUGUACAGAGCAUAGCGGAGUUCAUCCAGAUGGAAGCAAGCGACCUCCAACAAUCCUCCUUGGCUUCUUCUGAGUCUCAAUCCUAUGAUGGGAGAAUGGCAGUUUUAAGCAGUCAGAAGAGUCUCUCUAACUCAAUCCUGACGGCGGUUUCAGAGGAGAGUGAUUUUGCUGAGCCCACCAUACAAAGCAGUAGUAAAUCCAUGACCCUGCAGAGUUUGCGCUCAGUGUACGAGGAUGAGUAUCCACAAGGGCAAGUGAGGAGGCGGCGUGUGAGGUUCAGGUUAACGCCGUCAAGUGGUGGUGGGAUGGAGUCCUCUGUGAGGGAAGAGCUAAUGGAUCUAAUACGAGCGAAAGAGGCGGGUGUAGCAUAUAUAAUGGGUCACUCAUAUGUGAAAUCGAGGAAAUCAUCGUCCUGGUUGAAGAAGAUGACGAUUGAUGUUGGCUAUUCUUUCUUGAGGAAGAACUGCAGAGGACCAGCUGUAGCACUCAACGUUCCUCACAUCAGCCUCAUUGAAGUUGGCAUGAUUUACUAUGUUUAAGCCAAUACAACAAAAAAAAAACUCUCGUAUGUAAUGUAUGUAUGUAUGUAUUGUGUAGCAUUCAUAAAUCAUAAAUCAUAACUCAUGGGAGGUUAUAUAUAAUCUGUUCAGCGAUAAAUUAAUGCAACAGGUGUGUAUUCAUAUGUUA